UGUUUUGUUGUUCUGUUGCGUUAAACGUUUGACAUUCUUAAACAUUAUUCGUUGUAAUCGGUGCUUUUUCGCUUUUGUCGCUCUGACUGCGCGCGUGCCCGCUCUGCGCUCGCGCUCAAUGAUGUUUGUGUGGGGAACUGCGGUUUAGUUUUAUGAUGAAUAGAUGAUGUCAGGCAGCACUGUGUGUGUGUGUGUGUGUGUGUGUGUGUGUGUGUGUGUGUGUGUGUGUGGAGACCUGUGCCAUCAGAUUAAAUCAAAUAAAAACAUAAAGAAAUCAAAUGCAUUAAUGCACAAAAUGAGUAGCCUUUGCACGGUGCACAGUUUUUCUUCCCCCCCUUUAGUUAAUGUUAACUGCAUUACAGCCUAUAUUUGGUGUGGUCCUGUUUUAUUUCAUUUAUAGACUUAAAUUGUUUUUGUCCAUGCUGCAGGGUCACGAUGCGAAGACUAAAUCCUCACGAGCUGCUAUUAGUGCACAUAAAGAUGAAGUCCUGAAAGAUUUUACUCCGUACCAGCUGGUGGUGGAAAUGAAGUUAAGACGAUUCUAAAGCAACCUAAUAUAUGUGGGUAUUUUAAAGUAAUCCAGUAUAAAUCUGGUGGAUCUGAGGAUCAGACAAUGAUCACGUCACGCCUACAGUGAAGCCCCUCCCACAACAAUUCACCUAUAAAUACUGGAAAUAUUCCUAUCAUCCUACAAGAGAAGAACAAACUCCAGGAGCACUGGCUGAAACCUGUUAAAGAUGGAGUUUAUUAAAGAGGAGAUUGAAGACAUGGGUUAUCCAGAACCAUCCAGAAUAAAACACGAAGAUACUGAGGAACAAAUAGACCGGAUUGUAGUACAGCAGCAAAGAUUGAAGCCGAAUGAAGUUAAAAAGGAAGACUGUCAAAUGCAAAAUUCAAGGAAACCAGCCAAACAGCUGCACACGUGCUCACAGUGCGGAAAGAGCUGCAAGAAAAAAGGAAACCUUAAGAAGCACAUGAGAAUCCACACCGGAGAGAAACCGUACAAAUGCUCCCAGUGCGGAAAGAGUUUUGCCGCAGAAUCAAGUUUCAGCUACCAUCUGCACGUUCACUCCGGAGAAAAGCCGUUCGGCUGCGAUCGGUGCGAUAAAAAGUUCAUCUCUUCAUCGCAGCUCAGAAAGCACCUGACGGUUCACGAGAGGCCUCACGUGUGCUCUUUCUGCGGGAAGACUUUUUCGCGCCUGGAGGGUUAUAAGCGGCACCAGAAAAAACACAACGGAGUGAAGGAGCACGUGUGCUGCGAGUGCGGGAAGAGCUUUAAUAAAGCUGUUGAUCUGAAGCGGCACCAAAUGAUCCACACCGGGGAAAGACCGUACAAGUGCUCGUACUGCGACAAGAGCUUCACUCGGCCCGGAAGCCUGAAAACUCAUCACCGCGUUCACACCGGAGAGAAGCCGUAUCGAUGCGCUCAGUGCGGAGAGAGCUUCAAAAACGCGUCGAGCCUCAGGAAUCACCUGCUCGUUCACUCCGGAGAAAAGCCGUUCGGCUGCGACCAGUGCGGGAAAAAGUUCAAAUCGUCGUCGCAUCUAAAAAUUCACCUGAUAGUUCAUUCGGACGAGAAGCCUCACGUGUGCUCUUACUGCGGAAAGAGCUUCGCGAGACUGUAUAGCUGUAAGCAGCACCAGAAAACGCACAACGAGAAAAACGACGUAAAAGUUUUGUAUAAUGAUGCAAAUAAAAUUUAAUCAAAUAUUCGAUACCACAGACUGUAUAUAGGUUGAUUUCCGCUAUUAAAUCAAGGUUCACGUUCAUUUUUUCACAUUUAUCCACUUUUAAAUUAAAAACUACUGUAUUUUUAUGGUUAAUAAACUGUGUACUGUUA